UAUUCAUAAAUGUAAUAGAUAUAAUUUGAUCUUAUACAAACUUUGUUUUACAAAAGUGAAAAAAUUCAUUAAAAAAAUUAAUGAGAGUUUUGACUUGUCUGAAGUAGGUAUCGACAUAAUGAUAAGAUUAUGGUUAUCACUGCCUACUGAGGCUAUACUAAUCCGUCUGAUAGUUUUGACGUUAUCUUUUGUAAAGAACGACGUUUCAGAGCUCAGUCUCUUACCUGCACGUGACGCGAACAGACAGCCGGUAUCCGGUAUCGCGGUAUUCGUGACAUGUGGCACGUUAAUUUUAAUUGUUUUUAUGACAUAUUUAAAGAAUUAAUAUCAUGAGGAUAGAUAUAACAUCAAAUUUUAAUCUGAUUUGUAAAUAACGACAUUUUAAAUAACGUUUGCGAAAUUUUUCCUUAGUAAUAAUUAUUACUAAAAUAUAAUUAAUUUAAAUUACGGCUGCACAUAUUAAUGAAGCAGUAUAUCGUUUGAAUAUUUUAUUUACGCUAUUUUAUGUAUUACACAUAUUUCUUUAGAGUUUAAAAAAAGGUACAAGAUUGUGUUUCAUUCAUAAAAGAUUCAAUUGCUAUUCAAUCUUUAAUAAUAAUAAUUCAUAAUUUUAUACUGUAAAACAUAAAUUUUUAUUUAAGGAUAGGUGUGUGUGUUUUAUAACGUCUAACAAUUUGCUGAGGUUGAAAUUCAAUCUUUUUAAUUAUAUUAAUUAUAAUAAAGUAUAAUUCGAAUUGUUGAGUCUAAAUAAUCGGAUUGUCGUACUAUGUUAUUAACAAUAUUAUCAACAAUUUGUAAUCCUUCGCACGAUAUUACAAAAUAUUGAUGAGUAUGUGCUUUUAAACUUAUUCGCGAUCAUCACGUAACUGUUCUAACAAGAAACUAUCCUGAAAGAAAAUAGCUUGAAGCAAAAUUUAAUCAAGUGAAAGGAACGCUGACCACAGAUCUAAGAAUGCGAUUUUUGGAAGCAUAAUGGAUUCGCCAGAAAUGUGAAAGUUUUCAUUUUUUGCGUUUCGAAAAACAAGAAAUCCGUUUAAAAAUGGACAACGAGCAAAGGCCUCUCGUGGACAACGGGAGAGUAGCAACGUCUACGAAAAUCGCUUAUGCUCUAGGACACAUUUUCAACGAUCUAGCGGCGGCUAUGUGGUUCUCCUAUACUUUAAUCUAUCUCCAACGAGUUACACUGUUAAAGCCUAUUGUUGCCGGUGCGCUUUUACUCUUAGGACAAAUCAUCGACGCCGUUAUGACACCUAUCUUUGGUUUCUUGAUCGAUCGUUAUUGCAAGAAAAAAAUUUGGCACGUUGUCGGUUCCGUCAUGGUUACUCUGUCCUUCCCCGUAAUAUUCGGCGGUUUUGUCAAUCCGUCUACUACGAUCGCGAUGAUUUUAUAUAUAACGAGUAUUACGAUAUUUCAAACGGGUUGGGCGGCCGUACAAAUCUCUCAUUUAUCAAUGAUUCCCUCGUUAACUAAUUCCGUUCUAGCGCGAGCUGAUUUGACCGCAAUAAGAUAUUCCGCUCAAGUUGGCGCGGCCGUAGUAGCUUUUGUAGUAACAUGGAUAGUUCUACCGACCAGUGGUGAAUCGAUGGCAAUUCAAUUGGAUCAGCAGGAUGACUAUAAAUUCAGAAACAUCGCGCUGGUGCUCACAACUAUCGGUUUGAUCGCGACCGUUUCCUUUCACAUUUUCCUAAAAGCGAAUCUCUUGGAACAAACAGUAUCCGCAAAAUCGAACAUCGAAGAUCCGGCUAAGCCGUCGGACGUUUCGUCGAAUCGUCGAAUGUCAUGGAUCGACAUCACAGUUUUGCUAAGAGUCGCGAUGCUAUACGUGGCGAGCAGGUUAUUUAUCACUCUCGCUACGGUAUACAUGCCGCUGUACAUAGAAGAGACGAAAGUUGACGGUAAGCAAGCGUUGGCAAGUGUGCCGUUGGUUUCGUACGUAUCCUCGUUCACGGCCGCCUUGCUGCUCAAAUACAUCAAUCGAAUUUGCGGUAACAAGGCUUGCUACUUUCUCGGUGCCAUAAUUGGUAUAAUUGCCGCCGUUGUCACGGAGACUGUCGGAGGUAACGCGACGGUCGUGUACGUCGUUGCCGUAUUAAUUGGCGCGGGAAGCUCCAUCACGAUGGUCACCGCAUUGAGCGUCACUGCCGAAUUAAUCGGCUCUCGAACGGAACGUAGCGCAUUCGUAUACUCAAUCGUCACGUUUCUCGAUAAAAUUAUCACUGGUCUCGUGGUGAUAUUCAUCGAAAAAUGGAGAUGCAACGACACGGAACUUUGCCCCACUUAUAAUCGAGACACAUUGUCCACCGUUUGUGCUUCCUCGAUGUUACUGGGACUUAUUACUUUGUUAUCUGUAUCACGCUGUCUAACUUAAAAAAUUAAUAUAAUUUUAAAUAUUUUUCUAUUCUGUAUCGUUUGUAAACUAUAUAACUUAUUUUCUCAAUAUUACUGUGCGAACAACAAAAUCGUUUUAUGUUGUAUUUUAUUAUUGCAUCGUCUUUCAUAUUUGUAAUCAAUGGCGAAUUCACUGUAGUGAAUAUACUGUUAAUUAUAGCGAGUACAUUCAUCGAUCGACAAAACGCAGUUAUUCCCAUUCUCUGAUUUUUUUUAUUGGUAUUGUUAGCCUCUACAAUUUGCUUCGCUUAACUGCAUGUAGGUAGUAUGGACCAUCGGGUCUAAACCCGAGCUAUCUACUAAAGAAAAUUGAAAUGUGAGAAAACAAUUACAAAUGCAUUGUCUACUCA